CUACGCCCGCUGGCAGGACAUCCAGAACGACGUGAAGUUCGCCAUCCUCAACGAGCCUUUUAAAGGAGAGAUGAACAGAGGGAAUUUCCUGGAAAUCAAGAACAAGUUCCUCGCCAGAAGGUUCAAGUUGUUGGAGCAGGCGCUGGUGAUCGAGGAGCAGCUGCGACGCGCCGCCUACCUCAACAUGUCGGAGGACCCCUCCCACCCCUCCAUGGCCCUCAACACCCGCUUCAGUGAGGUGGAGUGCCUGGCGGAGUCCCACCAGCACCUCAGCAAAGAGUCCAUGUCCGGGAACAAGCCGGCCAACGCCGUCCUGCACAAAGUGCUGAAGCAGUUGGAGGAGCUGCUGAGUGACAUGAAGGCAGAUGUCACCCGCCUCCCAGCAACCAUCGCCCGGAUACCGCCGGUUGCCGUGCGACUCCAGAUGUCCGAGAGGAACAUCCUGAGUCGGCUGGCGAGCCGAGGGCCGGAGACACAGACGCAGGCACAGACGCAACAGAUGUCACAGCAGUAGACUGAAACUCGGCUCUUUACCUCGAAAACCACCCCCUGCCUCACCUCGACAUUCCUGAUUGGUGCACAGCAGAAUGACGGACAGCGCGCCCAAGCUUGAAGCCACGCCCCCCCCCCCCCCCAACAGACUUUACAGAUUUUUUUCUGGAGGAUCGACCCCUUUCCAACCCCCAAGUUUGAGGCUGUGGACAGAAAAGCUAUUUUAUUUUUUUU